CCUGGGAAGAUGCAGCCGCUUCUGCUCCUGUUGGCCUCUCUUCUGUCUUCUGGGGCUAGGACAGAGGAGAUCAUUGGGGGCCAUGAAGCCAAACCCCAUUCCCGCCCCUACAUGGUGUUCCUUCAGCUUCUGCAUAAUGGGAAUAAGAGAAGGUGCGGCGGUGUACUGGUGCGGGAGGACUUCGUGCUGACGGCUGCUCACUGCCAGGGAAGCUCAAUAAAUGUCACCCUGGGGGCCCACAACAUCAAGGAGCAGGAGGAAACCCAGCAGGUCAUCGCUGUCAGAAGAGCCAUCCCCCACCCAGCCUAUAACCCCCAGAACUUCUCCAGCGACAUCAUGUUACUACGGCUGGAGAAAAAGGCCAAGCGGACUGCGGCUGUGCGGCCCCUCAGGCUGCCCGGGGGGAAGGCCCGGGUGAAGCCAGGGGAGGUGUGCAGCGUGGCCGGCUGGGGGCGGACGGCCCGGAUGGGCAAGUUCUCAGACACGCUGCAGGAGGUGGAGCUGACGGUGCAGGCUGAUGAGAAGUGUGAAAUUCUCUUCCCCAGCUACUACAGAAAAGCCACUGAGAUUUGUGUGGGGGACACAAAGGAGACAAAGACCAGUUUCAAGGGGGACUCCGGGGGCCCCUUGGUGUGUAACAACGUGGCCCAGGGCAUUGUCUCCUAUGGGAGAAACAAUGGGACACCUCCAGGAGUCUUCAUCAAGGUCUCACAUUUCCUGCCCUGGAUAAAGAGAACAAUGAACUGCCUCUAA